AUGGCCCAUGGUCAUAAUUGUCUUGCUGUGGUUGGUGUAUCAAGAGAGAGAGUUGAGAAGAAGAUGAAGAGAUUUCUGAGUCAAUUACAGGAUUCAAGUAAAGAUAACAACAGCUCACCUGCUCUAGAGAAGGUGGAGGAAGAUGAUUUUAAGAUUGUGGUAUCCUCUGAUAAGAAUGAUAAGAAGAAUAAUGAGAUGGAGGAUGAUUGA